GUAAACUCUUAUGAGUGUAUUUAAACUGUACUUCUGCAUGAGCAUUCUUCAGUCUCGGUGCUGCUACACUGAAUGUGACUUUCAUCAUGUACCUGAUUCAAGGCAUCAUCCUGCUGCUGCUCAGCAUCAGUCUAGUUCAGAGUCAUUCCAUAAAGGCAUUGGCUGAUGUGACCUCUGAGGAGACUGAUAACAGCAUCGACCAGGAUUAUUUCUCUGUAUCUGCCAGAAUUGAAAGAGCCAACAAAAAUGCUGGAAAGCCAAAGGGUGAAUUCACCAUUACACAUGGUGACAUAGCCGAGUACACUGAGCUCCAGAAUGCAGAUCCAUGCACUUCUCGUAGGUGCAAAUGGCCCAGGGGCAGUGAUGGGAAGGUUAAGGUGCCCUUCACCAUUUCCACGGAAUAUUCAUCCUCUGAAAUAAGUGUUAUCCAGCGUGGGCUGGCCUCCUUCCAAAAUUCAACUUGUAUCCAAUUCAUACCUCGCACCAAUGAAGAAGACUUCAUUAAUAUAAUCUCAGACUCUGGGUGCUACUCUUUCGUGGGUCGCAGGGGUAGAAGACAAGUUGUGUCCCUACAACGCAAUGGCUGCGUUUUCCAUGAGAUCAUCCAACAUGAGCUUCUCCAUGCUCUGGGCUUUCAUCAUGAGCAGACUCGUAGUGACCGUGACAAUCAUGUCAGAAUCCUCUUGGAAAAUGUUAUACCUGGACAAGAGUCCAAUUUUGACAUAGUCAACACCAACAAUCUGAACACCUCAUAUGACUACAAUUCUGUCAUGCACUAUUCAAGGUUUGCUUUCUCCAGGAACAGGCGGCCAACUAUCAUCCCUAUACCAGAUAAUAACGUUCCCAUUGGACGUGCCACUGAGAUGAGCCCCAAUGACAUUCUACGUGUCAACAGGCUCUACUGCAGUUAAAUGAGUCAUUCGUAACAUCACCAGUGUAUUUCAAAUGCUUUUAAAAUGCUUUAAAAAAAAAAAACUGUUUGCAAUAAGAUUGAAAAGGCUCUGCUCUUGAUGUAGUCUGAUACCCCUCCCCCCUCGACCCACCCUUUAAAUUUCAGCAGCCAUCUUGGGACAAUUUGCUUAGAGUUUAUAGUAACAUUUCAUGUAUUCUGCUUUUCUACUUUUCGAUUUUUACAUGCAGUGCUCACUUUGAGAUACAUCUCACAACAGCAAUGAUGAUUACAAGCUGUUGUUUUUGUUGUGAUGAAAAUGUAUUUGGAAUCCCUUAGAAAUUAUGUCUCUCAAACAUCUAUGAAUAAAGAUAAUGUGGCUGGUGA